UUUUGGUUUUUUGCUUGUUUGUUUGUUUUCUUUUCUUUUUUUUUAACAAAAGGGAAUCCCUCUUUUUCUCCUGGAUUUGUGGAUGCACCGAUGAGAGAUCCAGCCUUCCCAGGGACUGCCAUGGCUUACCACCCCUUCCACGCUCCCCGGCCGGCCGACUUCCCCAUGUCCGCUUUUCUCGCCGCCGCUCAGCCCUCCUUUUUCCCCGCUCUGGCUCUGCCCCCGGCGGCUCUGGCCAAGCCCAUGCCGGACCCGGGGCUGGCCGGGGCGGCCGAGGCUGGGCUGCACGUCUCGGCUCUGGGCCACCACCACCAGGCAGCCCAUCUGCGCUCCCUCAAGAGCCUGGAGCCCGAGGAGGAGGUGGAGGACGACCCCAAAGUGACGCUGGAAGCCAAAGAGCUUUGGGACCAAUUCCACAAGCUGGGCACCGAGAUGGUGAUCACCAAAUCCGGGAGGAGGAUGUUCCCCCCGUUCAAGGUGCGGGUGAGCGGCCUGGACAAGAAGGCCAAAUACAUUUUGCUCAUGGAUAUAGUUGCGGCCGACGACUGCCGGUACAAAUUCCACAACUCCCGCUGGAUGGUGGCCGGAAAGGCCGACCCGGAGAUGCCCAAACGCAUGUACAUCCACCCCGACAGCCCGGCCACCGGGGAGCAGUGGAUGGCCAAACCCGUUGCCUUUCACAAACUCAAGCUCACCAACAACAUCUCGGACAAACACGGCUUUACCAUUCUGAACUCCAUGCACAAAUACCAACCUCGCUUCCACAUCGUGAGGGCCAACGACAUCCUCAAGCUGCCCUACAGCACCUUCCGCACCUACGUGUUCCCCGAGACCGACUUCAUCGCCGUCACCGCCUACCAGAACGACAAGAUCACGCAGCUGAAAAUCGAUAACAACCCCUUCGCCAAAGGCUUUCGGGACACGGGCAACGGCCGUCGGGAGAAGAGGAAGCAGCUCUCGCUGCCGUCGCUGCGGAUGUACGAGGAGCCCUGCAAACCCGACCGAGACGGCGGCGAAUCGGACGCGUCCUCCUGCGAACCAUCGGCUGUGCGCGACGCACUGCACUCCCCCGUGGGCCCCCUCCCCAGCCCCCUGCGCCUGAAGGCCAGCGGCAGAGAGGAGAAGCCGGGGGCUGACAGCGACGCGGAGGUGGAGAAGGUGCCCGAGGAGCGGCCAGCGGGCGGCAGCCCCGGUGGGGAGGACACAUCACCCCGCGGCAGCCCACGGUGCACCGACGAGCGGGGCAAGGAGAGGCGCAGCCCAGAGAAAGCCAAGGAUGGAGCAUCCCAGGGGGACGGCCCCAGUGAGGGUCUGUUUGGAGCACGGGGCAUGGAGAAGGACAAAGUGGAAGGGAGAAGGAAAGAGCCGGAGCAGGGCAAGAAGGACGCAGAGGGAGUCGGGCUGGGCAAGGAGGCCUUCGCCCCGCUGAUGGUGCACACGGACAGCCCCCCGCACCUGAGCGCAGGGCACCUGCAGAGCCUCGCGCUCUCUGGGCUCCACGGGCAGCAGUUCUUCAGCCCGCUGGGUGCCGGGCAGCCACUCUUCAUCCACCCAGGACAGUUUGCCAUGGCCCCCGGGGCUUUCUCUGCUAUGGGCAUGGGACAUUUGCUGGCCUCGGUGACCGGCGGCGGCAGCCUGGAGAACGGGGCCCUCUCGUCUGCCCCGGGCGCAGCGGGGACGGCCACCCCCUUCCCAUUCCACCUCUCCCAGCACAUGCUGGCUUCUCAGGGAAUCCCGAUGCCCACUUUCGGCGGCCUCUUCCCCUACCCCUACACCUACAUGGCAGCAGCAGCAGCAGCCGCCUCAGCCAUGCCGGCCACCAGCGCAGCCGCUGCCGCCGGGCCGCUGUCCCGCAAUCCCUUCCUGGGCAGCAGCCGCCCUCGCCUGCGCUUCAGCCCCUACCAGCUCCCUGUCAGCAUCCCGCCCAGCACCAACCUGCUCACCACCGGCCUCCCCUCCAGCCUCAACCCCGGCUCUGAGAGCUCCAAGGCGGGCAGCAGCCGUGAGCCCAGCCCCAUCCCCGACGCGCACAAAGCCCAGCGCCCCUCCGUCUCCCCCCCCAAAGGUUCCCUGAAGGAAUCCCUCAACGAACUGCAGAACAUCCAGAGACUGGUGAGCGGGCUGGAGAGCCAGCGGGAGCUGUCGCCCGGCAGGGAGUCCCCCAAGUGACCGACGGGGGGAGCAGGCAGCGCACCCACCUCCUCCCCCCCGGGGCUGAGAAGCACUGGUCUUUUGUACAGCACAGUAUAAAUAUUUAUUAAAGGUGGGGGCGGAUGGGGAGGGGGCUCUCCGUAUAGCCGCCCCCCACCCCGAGUGCCACCCCCCAUCCCUGCUCCCUGCCUCGGGGCACGGGGCUGCCCUAUUGUCGGACGGGGAGGGCGGUGGG